UCCUUCGUCUUCUUCCGAGAAAAGCUCAAAACCUAUUUAAUGUUCACAACCAGAGAGCUCGUAUCUCUCUCCAAUGGCGCUCUAUCCAUCCCUACAGCUCAUUCGAUUCCCUCCUCAAGCACUCCCCUCGUCCUCUCGCCACCUUCUCAUUUCUGACCUCGGCUCCGUAUCGCGCUUCUUCCGAUCUCCAUGGCUUUCCUCUUUGCCUCCGUCGCAGAAGUGCAGGAUGAUUUUAUCUUCCAGAACCAAGUGUUUCUCCAUGUCCACUGAGGAGGAUCAGUGGAGUGAAUCGGAAGCGUUGAUGUCCGAUGUUGACGAAAGGGGAGAUCGUGAGGAUGAUAUUGGUGUUCAGCAAGAGAGCUCUGUGGUCUCUGCUGCUUCUGGGCAGAGGAUUUCUUCCUCGUCGCCGAGUGAUUAUCUGUCGCUUGCGAUUCGUGAGUCGGUUUAUGAGGUAUUAGAGGUUAAAGCCAAUGGUGCCGUAUCUACUAGGAAGAUAAACAGACGCCAGCUGUUGAAGUCAAGUGGGCUUCGUCCACGUGAUGUCCGGAGUGUUGAUCCAUCUUUAUUUUUGACAAACUCAAUGCCUACAUUACUGGUCCGUGAAAAUGCUAUUUUACUUAAUCUGGGAUCGCUGCGAGCAAUAGCUAUGCCGGACUGUGUCCUCAUAUUCGAUUAUAACCGUCCAGGAGGACAGGCUUUUAUUGAAUCAUUGUUGCCACGAUUGAACCCAAAAAGCAUGAAUGGAGUGCCAGCAAUGCCAUUUGAACUUGAGGUUGUUGAAGCUGCAUUGCUUUCACGAACACAGCGUUUGGAGCAGCGACUAAUGAAAGUAGAACCUCGUGUUCAAGCUCUACUUGAGGUAUUGCCCAACAAAUUAACUGCAGAUGUGUUGGAACAACUUCGCAUCAGCAAGCAGACUUUGGUAGAAUUAGGUUCCAGGGCAGGGGCUCUCAGACAAAUGCUUCUUGAUCUUCUGGAGGACCCGCAAGAAAUACGACGCAUCUGUAUUAUGGGAAGAAAUUGCACGAUUAAUAAAGGAAAUGAUGAUGUGGAGUGCUCUCUUCCUUUGGAUAAGGAGAUUGCUGAUGACGAGGAAGAAGAAAUAGAAAUGCUGUUGGAAAAUUAUCUCCAGAGAUGCGAAUCUUGUCAUGGUCAGGCGGAAAGGCUUCUGGAUUCAGCAAAAGAAAUGGAAGAUUCUAUUGCCGUCAAUUUGAGCUCGCGGCGACUAGAGGUUAGCAGAGUAGAAUUGCUUCUCCAAGUUGGGACAUUUUGUGUGGCUGUUGGCGCUCUGGUUGCAGGAAUAUUUGGCAUGAACUUACGAUCAUACCUUGAAGAACACGUGUUUGCCUUCUGGUUAACAACAGCUGGGAUAAUUGUUGGCGCUGUUGUGGCAUUCUUUCUCAUGUAUUCGUAUCUCAGAGAUAGGAGAAUCCUGUAGCUAAAUACUUCUUCAGGUUAUUCAACAUUCAAUAUUGGAGGGGCUGUUAUAUCCCACUGAUGGGGAAGCAAAUUGUUAAGGGUAUGGCUAUAUAUCCAUUAUGUGUAUCAUAUGAAUAUUCAUUUUUCUCAUAUAAUAUGAUAUGGUGGAAGCUGCAUUUAUUAGGCUAUAGCCCAAUAUUGGUACCAUCCCCAUACUGCUUCAGUUUGGUUUAUGAAACAAAAGGAAGUAUGCUCGGUUAGCCUGGUUUCUCUUAAAUCGACUCUUAAGAUGGUAAUUAAUGUCUUAUUUACUGAGGUAUGCUCAUUUCAAUUAGCCUUCAACAUUCAUUUAUUGUCUUGAAAUGAUAAAACUAAUCAACAUUUGAGAAUCUUUAAUAUCUAUAUUUUUAAAUUUGUUUAAUGUAUUAGAUUGAAA